AUGAUGGUUUUCAGAAAGGGCGAUCACGUGUGGCUGGACACUCAACCAUACAGUGAAUUUAAUGUCCCUAUUGGGGCAGUUGUAAAGGACUCUGACUCAGGACGGAUCUUGCUGCUGGAUGAUGAAGGCAAGGAGCACUGGAUCACAGCUCGGAACAUGCACAUGGUGCGCCUGAUGCACCCCUCCUCUGUCCAAGGGGUGGAAGACAUGAUCCGCCUUGGGGAUCUCAAUGAAGCAGGCAUGGUGCACAACCUUCUCAUCCGCCACCAGGAGCACAAAAUCUAUACUUACACAGGCUCAAUCUUGGUAGCAGUGAAUCCAUAUCAGCUGCUGCCCCUCUACACAGUUGAUCAGAUCAGACUGUACUGUAACAGGAGGAUUGGAGAGCUACCACCUCAUGUCUUCGCCAUUGCAGACAACUGUUAUUUCAAUAUGAAGAGGAAUAAGAGAGACCAGUGCUGUGUGAUCAGUGGAGAAUCUGGAGCUGGGAAGACUGAAAGCACUAAGCUAAUACUACAAUUUUUGGCAGCUGUCAGUGGCCAGCAUUCCUGGAUAGAGCAGCAAAUCCUAGAGGCCAACCCCAUUCUGGAAGCUUUCGGCAACGCCAAGACAAUUCGAAAUGACAAUUCAAGCCGCUUCGGGAAGUACAUCGAUAUCCACUUCAACCACAGUGGGGUGAUCGAAGGAGCCCGGAUAGAACAGUUUCUUCUGGAGAAGUCCCGUGUCUGCCGGCAGGCUCCAGAGGAAAGGAACUAUCACAUAUUCUACUGCAUGCUAAUGGGAAUGAACACAGAGCAGAAAAAGAUGCUGAACCUGGGCACUGCUUCAGAGUACACUUAUCUCACUAUGGGCAACUGCAUCUCCUGUGAUGGUCGGAACGAUGCAUCGGAUUAUGCCCACAUCCGCUCUGCUAUGAAGAUCCUCAUGUUCUCAGAUUCUGAGCACUGGGACAUCAGCAAGCUGCUGGCUGCAAUACUGCACCUGGGGAACAUAGAAUUUGAAGCGGCUGUGUAUGACAACUUGGACUGCUCUGAUGUGAUGGACUCACCACACUUUUCAAUUGCAACCAAACUACUUGAGGUGGACUCCAGUGAACUGCAGCACAGCCUAACAAACCUCUCCAUGAUUGUCCGCGGUGAAAGUGUGUCCAGGCCUCUGAACAUAGUUCAAGCUGCAGAUGGAAGAGAUGCCUUUGUGAAGGGUAUAUAUGGGCGGAUUUUCCUGUGGAUAGUGAACAAGAUCAACUCAGCCAUUUUCAACCCAACUUCUCAGAAGCCAAAGGACAGGUGGCAGUCCAUUGGGCUGCUGGACAUUUUUGGGUUUGAAAACUUCAGCAACAACAGCUUUGAGCAGCUCUGCAUUAACAUUGCCAAUGAGCACCUUCAGCAGUUCUUUGUGAACCACAUCUUCAAGCUGGAGCAAGAGGAAUACCUUGCAGAGCACAUUUCCUGGAAUAACAUUGACUUCACUGAUAACCGCCAGACUCUGGAAGUCAUCGCACUCAAGCCUAUGAACAUCAUCUCCCUCAUUGAUGAAGAGAGCAAGUUCCCAAAGGGCACAGAUGCCACCAUGCUAGUCAAAAUCAAUUCUCUCCAUGGCAAAAGUAAUGUCUACAUUCCACCUAAAAGUGUCCAUGACACCAAGUUUGGCAUCAAUCAUUUUGCUGGGGUUGUCUUUUAUGAAUCAAAAGAUUUCCUGGAGAAAAAUCGGGACACACUGAGUGCUAACGUAAUGCAGGUGGUUCAUUCCUCCAAAAACAAAUUCCUGAGAGAGAUUUUCCAGGUGGAAACCACACCACAUAGUCUGGGACGUGGAACCAUCCGGCAUCUGGGAGCUGACUAUUCCUACAAGCCUGUUUCCCAUUGUGGCUUUCUGCUGUCCAGAACAUCUAGCCAUGGACAGGGCCUGGAUACCACCAAGCGGCUCUCUACUCUGGGAGGACAGUUCAAACAAUCCCUGGAAAAACUAAUGAAAAUCCUUGAGCAGUGCCAGCCAUACUUCAUCCGUUGCAUCAAGCCAAAUGACUACAAGAAACCACUGCUAUUUGACCGGGAGCUGUGUAUCAAACAGCUGCGAUACUCAGGGAUGAUGGAGACCAUUCAGAUCAGGAAAGCUGGCUACCCAAUUCGCUACAGCUUUGAGGAUUUCUUUGAGAGAUACAGAGUUCUCCUGCCAUGGUCUCUUCGACAACAGCUGAAUGAUGCUCGACAGAGCUGUAUCUACAUCUCUGAAGCAGUGCUGGGCAAGGAUGAAAGCUGGCAAGCUGGAAAGACCAAGAUUUUCCUUAAAGAUCAUCACGAUACAGUAUUGGAGCUGCAACGCCAAAAUAUACUCACAGAUAAGGUUCUCCUUAUCCAGAAGGUGAUGAGAGGAUUGAAGGACAGGAAGCAGUUUCUGAAACAGAGGAAGUCUGCUGUAGCCAUUCAGUCAGCCUGGCGAGGCUACUGCUGCCGGAAGGAUUUCAGAAUGGCUAUGGUAGGUUUUGGGCGCCUGCAGGCCCUGUACCGGAGCCGGCACCUUGCUAAGCAGUAUGAAGAAACCCGCGCUCAUAUCAUCAGGCUUCAAGCCAUGUGCCGUGGCUACCUAAUGCGUCAGAAGAUAGUGGAGCAGAAGAAGGCUGUGUGUAUUAUACAGGCAUAUGCAAGGGGCAUGCUUGCUCGCCAAAUCUACCAGAAGAUGAAGAGGGAGGAACACCUGGCUACUCUGGAGGGAGGAGAGGCAGAAGCAAGAGAAAGGAAGAAUGCUCUUGACAACAAACGGACAAAUCAUGAUGUUCUCAGUGACCAAGAAAUGGUGGACAAAAUUUUUGGGUUUUUACCUUCUAUGAUCGGAGGGCAAGAAGGACAGGCUCCUCUGGGAUUUGAGGAUUUGGAAACGAAGCCUAGCAAGCUGGAGGAGGUGGACCUCGAUAUGGUUCCUAUGAGUGUGGAGCUAGAAGAGGAAGCAGAUGGCUUGGAAGAGUACACCUUCCCAAAGUUUGCAGCUACUUAUUUCCAGGGGUCUUCUACACAUACACAUAUCCGGAGACAGCUGCGGCAGCCACUACUCUAUCAUGAUGACAAGGACAAUGCCCUGGCUUCUCUAGUUGUGUGGGUUAUCAUCCUGAGGUUCAUGGGGGACCUGCCAGAGCCAGCAAUGUUUGCCAAGAAUGCCACCACCAAGAGCAGCUCUGUGAUGACACAGAUAUAUGACACAAUUGGAAAGAAAAACCAGGUCCAGUUCAGAAAUGACAGCCCAAAUAUGAAAGAAAUCAGGAAGGAUAACAAGAUUUCAAAGGGGAUCUCUUCCCUCAAGCUGAAACGGUCAUCCAAGUUUACAGGGAAGGUGGCAAACCAGCUAAGAAGUGGAGAAGAGGCUUUCCAAGAGGACAGCUCAAUCACUGAGAGACCUAUGUCCAACCUAGAAAAAGUGCACUUCAUUAUUGGCAAUGCAAUUCUGCGACCUGCCAUCAGAGAUGAGAUUUAUUGCCAGAUUUGCAAACAACUCACUGAAAACAACAACAGGAGCAGCUAUGCUCGAGGCUGGAUCCUUCUGUCACUUUGCCUCGGUUGCUUUCCUCCUUCAGACACAUUUGUGAAGUACCUCUUGAAUUUCAUCCACCAUGGGCCCACAGGCUAUGCCCCAUACUGUGCUGAACGUCUGAGGCGUACCUAUGUCAAUGGAGCACGGACUGAACCUCCAAGCUGGCUGGAACUUCAGGCAACAAAGCAGAAGAAACCCAUUAUGUUUAACGUCACCCUGAUGAAUGGCCAAAGCAUCACUGUCCCUGCAGACUCUGCUUCCAUAGCCAAGGAGAUCUGUCAGUUCAUAGCAGAUAAAAUCAAACUAAAAGAUGUGUUUGGCUUUUCACUCUACAUUGCUGUAUUUGAUAAGGUCUGGUCACUGGGUGGAGGACGAGAUCAUGUCCUGGAUGCCAUCUCUCAGUGUGAACAACUAGUGAAGGAGCAGGGCACACAUGAACGCAAUGCUCCCUGGCGCCUCUACUUCAGGAAGGAAAUCUUCACCCCCUGGCACAACUCCCAGGAGGAUCCCAUUAGCACUGAUCUCAUUUACCACCAAGUCAUUCGCGGCAUCCGGUUUGGAGAGUACCGCUGUGAGAAGGAAGAGGAUUUGGUGGAGAUAGGUGCAAAAUAUUGUUACAUCCAAUUUGGAGAUUCCAUCCACAACGAACUUGUGCAGAAAGUGCUCCAUGACUGUAUCCCAGUGAAACAGCUGAAGUCCAAGUCCCUGGAAAAGUGGGUGAGCCUUAUAACCUAUGCACAUGCUAAGGCCACAUACACACAGGACCGUCUCUCCAGUCAGACUGUGAAAGAACAGCUUGUGGAUUUUGCUCGCUUUCAGUGGCCUUUGCUUUUUUCAAGAUUCUUUGAAGUCACUAAGUUUUCAGGUCCCAGCUUGCCCAAGAAUCACUUUAUCGUUGCUGUAAAUUGGAAAGGUAUCUACUUCUUGGACGAGUCAGAAAAGCGACUCCUUGAGCUGACCUUCCCAGAGAUAGCUGGCAUCCACACCAACAGGGCAGUGAAGUCAUUUGGACAGAGCUGCACUCUCAUCACGCUUCGUGCCGAGGAGUUUGUCCUAACAUCUGUAAACAGCGUUGUCAUUGCUGAACUGGUGGUCAUGUUCCUGGAAGGCCUGAAGAAGAGAUCACGAUUUGCUGUGGCAAUGCAAGAGAAAAAAUCCCCAGAAGACCCUGCGAUUCUGUCCUUCAAGAAGGGAGACUUACUAAUCUUUGGAGAAGACAAACGGCUGGAUGGCAACUCUGGCUGGAUCUCUGCCCAGAAUGAAAGGACAGGCAAAACAGGGAAUGUAUUUUUGGAAGACAUCUACAUCAUUCCUUCUCUCACAAAACCUUCUAGUCAAGUGCUGAGUUUGCUGAUGAUGUCCCCAGAACAGAGGAGGACAGCUUCACACACCUCUUUCAUGGAUGAACCUGAUGAGGAGAAUCCCAAAGUGAAACCUUACACUCUAGAGGAGUUCUCCUAUGAACACUUCAGGACUCCCGAGAAGGAAUCCAUCAGCAAAGCUGUUCUGCAAAAAUCCCGUGGGCGCAGUCAACUGUGGGCACACUCCAAGGAGCCCUUGAAACAGCCCUUGCUGAAAAGAGCGUGCACAGACCCUGAUCUUCGGGAUUUGGCCUGUCAGGCCUUCACUGCUAUCAUGAAAUUCAUGGGAGACUAUCCCUCAAAACAGACACACUCCUCUGUGGAAGUCACUGACCAGAUAUUUGUAGCAGCUAUCCAGGAGGAGGUCUUGAGGGAUGAAAUUUAUUGUCAGAUUAUGAAGCAACUGACUGAGAACAGAAACAGGUACAGCGUGACCAAGGGCUGGCAGCUCCUUUGGCUCUGCACUGGCCUGUUCCCACCCAGCAAGUCAUUGCUGAAACAUGCCCAGAAGUUCAUCGAGACACGUCAGAAAGAAACACUGGCCCUGGAGUGCAGUCGGAGGAUUCACACAGUGAUGAGGAGUGGCUCCAGGAAGUGGGCACCUCAUCCUGUGGAGGUUGAGGCCAUCUUACAGAACAACACUAAGAUCUCACACAAGAUUUACUUCCCCAAUGAAACAGAACAGACAUUUGAUGUGGGAACAAACACCAAAAUCCGGACUCUGUGUCAGAACAUCGCUUCCAAAUUGCAGCUGAGCUCCUGGGAAGGUUUCAGCCUUUUUGUGAAGAUUGCAGACAAGGUGAUCAGUCAGAAUGAAGCAGACUAUUUCUUUGACUCUCUAAGGCAGGUGACAGACUGGAACAGAAGGAACAAACCAGGGAAGGAUGGAGCUAUGUCUGUGGCCUAUGAGGUAUACUUCAUGAGAAAGCUGUGGCUGAAUGUAACUCCUGGGAAGGACCUGAAAGCUGAUUCCAUUUUUCAUUACCACCAGGAAUUGCCGAAGUACCUCAGAGGCUAUCACAAGUGUUCCAAGGAUGAAGCUGUCCAGCUGGCAGGCCUGAUUUAUAAAGUGCGCUUCAACAAUGACCGCACGCAGCUGGCAACCAUCCCCAAAAUCCUGAAGGAGCUGGUGCCAGACAAUCUGUUCCGAGUGAUCUCACCAGAUGAGUGGAAGAAGAGCAUUACUGCAUCCUAUAGUAAACAUGAAGGAAAAACUGUGGAUGAGGCAAAGAUUGCCUUCCUGAAAAUCAUACACCGGUGGCCGACAUUUGGAUCAGCCUUUUUUGAGGUGAAGCAAACCUCAGAGCCAAACUUCCCAGAGAUUGUGCUGAUUGCAAUCAACAAACAAGGAGUCUCAGUGAUACAUCACAAGACAAAGGAAAUUUUAACAGUCUACCCCUUCAACAAAAUCUCCAACUGGAGCAGUGGAAGCACAUACUUUCACAUGACAAUAGGGAACCUGGUACGAGGAAGCAGGAUCUUAUGUGAGACAUCUCUGGGUUACAAAAUGGAUGACCUGUUAACAUCCUAUGUACGCCUGCUAAUGAAUGCUGUAAACAAGCAAAAGAACCUGCAAGCCUGA